UAUACAAUUGCAGGGCUGUUCCAAAUCCACCACCACAACUUGAAAAUAAAAUCCAGGCCAGAGGUUGACAUUUGCGAGAGCACAAAGGACAGGAGCAGGCACGGCUACUACCUUGUCCAGGCCAUGCGGUUCACCAUCGAGGAAAUCAACAACUCCAGCAGCCUCCUCCCGAACGUCACGUUGGGCUACGACAUCUAUGAUACCUGCUCGCAGUCGACCAACUUGUACGCCACGCUCAGCCUCCUGUCCCAGGGGGUCGAGGGCUGUCACAGCCAUCAGCGCAUCUCUGUUGCUGACAACUACACAAACUACCUGCCCAAACCUGUGGCUGUGAUUGGGCCCGACGCCAGCGACUAUGCUCUGAUGACAGCCAGUCUUCUGGGCAUCUUCCUUAUGCCAGAGGUCAGCUAUGAAGCCACAAGUCCAAUGCUAAGCUGGAAGCGCACCUACCCCUCAUUCCUGCGCACCAUCCCCAGCGACCGGCAGCAAGUGGAGGCCUUGGUGCGCCUGCUGAAGGCUUUCCAAUGGACGUGGGUGGUCGCGGUGGGCAGCGACAAUACCUAUGGGCGCCAGGGCCUGCAGACGUUGGACAAAGUGGCCACCAAGGAAGACAUCUGCUUUGCCUAUCAGGGGAUUGUCUCCAUGGAGGCCAGCAACUCGAAACUGAAAGCAAAUGUGGCGGAGGUUCUGGCUUCCAAAGCCAAGGUUGCCAUCGUCUUUGCCAACAAGCGCAGCGCUACCGUUUUCUUCUGGGAGGUGGUGCGGCAGAACGCGACUGGGAAGGUGUGGUUGGGUACUGAGGAUUGGUCGUUGGCCCAAGACCUCUGGGAAAUCCCCGGCAUUCAUGGUAUCGGCACGGUGAUUGGGGUGACGAUCAUGCAGGCACCGCUCCCAAGAAUGUGGGAGUUUGAGGCUGCUUCCAGGCAUUCGGAGAGUCACAGAAUCGAGACCUCCUGUUACCAGGGUUGCAGGGAGACCUGCAGCCAGCUCUGUUUCCAGUUGUAUGCGCCAGCUCUACAGCAUUUACUGAAGCCAUCACCGUACGACACACAGGCUUGUUUUACCGUGUAUUCUGCCGUCUACGCUGUGGCGCACAGCCUCCACCGCUUGCUGGGUUGCCAAACGGGGGUGUGCCGCAAGGAAACCGUCUAUCCCUGGCAGCUCCUCAGAGAAAUUAAAGAGGUGAACUUCAGUGUGAAAGACAGACAGAUCUAUUUUGACAGCAAUGGAGACCCUCUGACAGGCUACGAUAUUGUCUUGUGGAAGUGGGCAGGCCAGAAUUGGUCCUAUGACGUGAUUGGCUCAUUCAGCAGUAAUCCAGUCCACCUGACCAUCCAUAGAGACAAACUGCAGUGGCACACUGGGGACAACCAGGUUCCUGUCUCGGUCUGUUCCAAAGAUUGUGCGGUGGGGGAGCAGAAGGUACAGCAGGGAAUCCAUCAGUGCUGUUUCGAUUGUGUGGCCUGCUCCCCAGGGACCUUCCUGAACAAGAGUGAUCUCUAUACUUGUCAGACGUGCCCAAAAGAUCGGUGGGCCCCUGCCAGAAGCGAGACCUGCUUCCCCAGAGCCACCGUAUUCCUACGCUGGGGCGACCCCAUCUCUCAGGCUCUGCUGACGGCCACAACCCUGCUGCUGUUGCUGCUGGCCGGGACCCUGGCCAUCUUUGUUCGGAAAGCGGACACACCUGUCGUGAAGUCAGCCGGGGGCGUGCUGUGUUUCGUCAUGUUGAGCGCUCUGGCCUGUGCCAACGUCAGCCUCUAUUGCUACUUUGGGGUCCCCAACUGGUACACCUGCAUGCUGAGGAUCCCGAUGUACACCAUCAGUUUUAGCGUCUGCCUGGCCUGCCUGGCGGCCCGCUCCUUCCAGAUCAUCUUGGUCUUCAAGAUGGCCGCCAAGGCUCCGGGCCUGUACGAGGCCUGGAGGAAUCAUCACGGGUGCAUCCUCUUCAUAGGAACCUCCACGGGUCUACAGGGGGUGAUGUUACUUAUCUACUGGUGCGUCACCCCACCGUUUCCCUACAAGAAUUACGAUGUGGUUGACCAAGUGAUCCUUCUGGACUGCAAGGAACACAACGCUCUGAUUCCUGUUCUGGGAAUAAUGUACAGCGUGCUGUUGAGUAUCUUCUGCUUUGUCGUCAGCUACUUGGGCAAAGAUCUGCCUAACAGCUAUAACGAAGCCAAAUGCACCACUUUCAGCCUGGUCAUCUACUUCGUCUCCUUAAUCUCCUACUGUACCACCCGCAGCGUCUACGGGGGCCAGUACCUAACGGCCAUCCAUGUCGCCGCCCUCCUCCUCACCUUCUACGGGGUCUUCGGAAGUUACUUCAUCCCCAAAAUCUACAUCAUCCUCUUCCGAUCUGAGCGUAACACCAACGAACACUUUCAGAUGUCUAUCCAGAGCUACACCAAGAAGAAAAAUGUGUCAGAUUGA